AUGGCUGAUGAAACCGGAGAGCAAAGGAGGACUUUAAAGGAUUAUGCCGCACCUACGAUCCAAGGGUCAACAUCAAGCAUCGGGAGGCCAACCAUACAAGCGAACAAUUUUGAAAUUAAGCCUUCCCUAAUUCAGAUGCUUCAAAACGCUGUCCAAUUCGGUGGAUUGCCGAAUGAUGAUCCCAAUAUCCAUUUAGAUGCUUUUCUUGAAAUUUGUGACACCAUAAAAUAUAAUGGUGUUACUGAUGAUGCCAUUAGGUUAAGAUUGUUCCCUUUUUCAUUGCGUGAUAAAGCUAAGUCAUGGUUAACUUCCCUUCCUGCGGGAUCUAUUACGACUUGGGAUGACUUAGCUCAAAAAUUUCUUAGUAAGUACUUUCCUCCCGCUAAAUCUGCCAAGAUGCGUAACGAUAUUUCUACUUUUGUGCGGAUGGAUGGUGAAUCUCUAUAUGAAGCAUGGGAGAGGUUUAAAGAAUUACUAAGGCGUUGUCCGCACCAUGGUCUACCCGUUUGGAUGCAAGUGCAUACAUUUUAUAAUGGAGUGAUGCCGAAUUUGAGGUCUACCAUUGAUGCUGCAGCUGGAGGGACGUUGAACAACAAAUCACCUAAGGAAGCCUUUGAUCUUUUAGAAGAGAUGGUAUCUAAUAGCUACCAAUGGCCGAUCGAGCGACUAUCUACUAGAAAGCCAAAUGGAAUUUAUGAAGUCGGUGUGAGUAAUGCCAUUGCCACACACUUUGCUGCUUUAAACAAAAAGAUCGAUUCAGUUUUGAAGAUUCAAGGCUCAACUUGUGAAUUUUGUAAUGGAAGCCAUGCUAGCGACGAAUGUCAAGUAGGUAAUCCUUUUGCACAUCCUCCCGAAAAUACUAACUUUGUUGGAAAUUUCAGCAGGCCUCUACGUAACAACCCUUAUUCAAACACUUACAAUCCUGGAUGGCGAAAUCACCCAAAUUUCUCCUGGAGCAACCAAAAUCAGCAAGGGCUGAGACCAACGCCACCAUCAUUUAGGCCUCUUGAGGAGAAACAGCACAGCCAUCUUGAGGAGAUGGUUACUAAACUAGCUCAAACAACUCAAGACUUCAUUAAAAGUGCUGAUGUGAGGUUCCAAAAUCAAGAGGCAUCUAUUCGAAAUCUGGAGAAGCAAGUUGGCCGGUUAGCGAAUCAUUUGUCCGAAAGACCGUAUGGUGCCCUUCCGAGCAACACCGAGAAGAAUCCAAUUGAGAAUGCAAAAGCAAUCAUCUUGAGUGGGAAAGAAGUUAGCAGAAACUUGUCUAAUGAAGCAACGGAAAAAAAGAAAGAAACCACACCACCUGAAGCCGAAGCACCUGAAAUCAAGCCCUGCAAAGCCGAUCCACCUCGAAGCAAGUUAUUUCCGGAUAAUCCAAAGCCAUAUGUGCCGUCAAUUCCAUACCCGGAAAGACUUCAACAACACAAAAUAGAUAAGCAGUUCUCUAAAUUCCUUGAUGUUUUUAAGAAAUUGCACAUUAAUAUUCCUUUUGCAGAUGCCUUAGCCCGGAUGCCUAGUUAUGCUAAAUUUUUGAAGGAGAUUUUAGCAAACAAACGAAAAUUGGAAGAUUAUGAAACUGUGAAGCUUAAUGAGGAGUGUUCAGCUAUUUUGCAGAAUAAGUUACCACCAAAGUUGAAAGAUCCAGAGAGUUUUACUAUUCCUUGUACUAUUGGUAAUUCUUAUUUUGAUAAGGCAUUGUGUGAUUUAGGUGCAAGUAUUAAUCUAAUGCCUCACUCUGUUUUCAGGAAAUUAGGUUUGGGAGAAGUAAAAGCUACCAUUAUGGAGGAGGAUUUCGAGGUUCCGAUCAUCCUAGGCCGACCUUUUCUAGCAACAGGGAGAGCUCUAAUUGAUGUGCAACGAGGAAAAUUAAUUCUUAGAGUUCAAGAUGACCAAGUCACCUUCGAUGUGUUCAAAGCCAUGAAAUAUGCUGCUGAACCGAAUGAUUGUUUGAGAGUUGAUGCAGUUGAUAAGCUUGUGGAAUCGGCUUUUAGUAAAGCUACAAUUGAAGACCCGUUAGAGGCGUGCUUGGUUCGGCCAAGCAAGGGAGAAGCCGAAGUUGAAGAAGUGGAGCAGUACACAAAAUUUUUGGAAGCAAAUCCACCUCUUUUGAGAUUUAGACCACCGAAAUUCGAAGAAUUAGGGUCGAACUUGAAGAAAAGGAUACCCUCUAUUGAAGAACCACCAAUUCUAGAACUCAAACCUUUACCAUCUCAUCUUAAAUAUGCUUUUCUUAAUGGUGUUUCUUCUCUUCCAAGUAAUUAUUUCUUCUUCUUUGAUGGGUGUGAUGGAGGAGAAGCUACUCCGAGUUUUAAGAGACCAUAA